CGGAGAGGUUGGCAGCCCUGGGCCGUGUGUUUACCUCCUCCAGCUGACCGCCACAACAUCUCCUAUUUCUUCCUGUAUCUCCGCCAUGUCUUACUUCACACAGAUGGUGAGCCGAGCAGCUGUGUUGGCGCCCCAGCUGUGGAGUGUGUCGCCCCGCCUGUCCCACCUUCCCCUGGCCCCGGCACUGCUCUGGGGGAAGGGGCAACACCGGGGCAUGGCGGGGCACAGCAAGUGGGCUAACAUCCGCCACACCAAGGCUCUGAAGGACGACCAGAAGCAGAAAACCACAACGAAGAUUAUUCAAAUGAUCAAAAUAGCCAUCAAGGAGGGCGGCAGCACGGACCCUAAGCUGAACUCCAGGCUGUCAAACGUCAUAGAUUUAGCCCGCACGCAGAGCAUCCCCCUCACCAGCAUCAACAACAUCAUCAAGACGGCGCAGAAAUCCCAGGACAACGCCAAAUCGAUGUUGGUGGAGUACCGAGCGCCGGGCGGAGUGCUGAUGCUGGUUGAGGUGCUGACGGACAACCUCAUAAAAACCAAAUCCAGCCUACAGAGCAUUAUCAAGAAGACUAUGUUACAAGAGGCGAAGGGUACUGUCCAGCAUGUGUUUGAGGAGAAGGGGGUGGUGGUGGCGGCCGCAGGGAAGGGAGCGAAGGUGCCGACCCUAGAGGAAGCGCUCGACUUGGCCAUUGAGGUCGGGGCCGAGGAGGUGGAGGAGGAGGAGGAGGGGACGGGACGGUUUGUGUUCACAAGCUCGCCCGACGCUUUCUUCGACGUCAAGAAGGGCGUCGAGGGGAGGGGCUACACAGUAAGUUAUGCCAAUGUGGAUUUUAUUCCGAACGUGACGGUCACCAUGACGGACGAGGAAGUGCGGAAGCUGGAUGUCAUUAUAGAGAAACUUGAGGCUGUUGACGAGGUUAUGAGGGUACAUGUGAACCUAUAGUGUGUGUGUGUGUGUGUGUGUGUGUGUGUGUGUGUGUGUGUGUACAUAGUCUCAAAAGCUAACACUCCCCCUUUGCACUUGGUAAGAUCGUUAACUCUGUGAUGAUGUGAGAGAGAAAUAAACGGAAUAUAUGA